GCUCUGUCCUUCAAUUAAACGUAACACACAUUGCAGUGUUAUUAUCCAUCGCAAUUUUUAUCGCCGAUUUACGCAAAGUUAAAUUCGUUCGUUCGCUAUAUAAUUAACGAGAACGUUAAGUGUUUGCAAAAUGUUCGCUUCGGUCGCUCUUGCUGUCCUGCUGGCGCUGAUCGGGUUCAAGAUAUUCUCCGUUCUGACCUGCAUUUGGUGCAGGUGCAAUGUGUGCCUCAGUGGGAAAACCGCCAUCAUCACAGGAGGCAACUCGGGGAUUGGUUACCAGAUCGCUACGUCAUUGGCGAGUCGCGGCUGCAGGAUCAUCAUAGCCGACAAGAUGGAUGGAACUGAGGCAAAGAAUAAGAUGAUCGCGGAGACGCACAAUCCCAACAUAGAGUACAAAUACAUGGACUUGGCCUCGUUCAAGUCCGUAAGAGAGUUUGCAGCUGAUAUUAUUGCAAAAGAGGAAAGACUGGACAUUUUAAUCAACAAUGCAGGAAUCGCGGCCACUAAUAUGGUGCUGACUGAAGACGACCUGCAGAGAACCAUGCAGGUCAACUAUUUCGGACCGUUCCUGCUUACUUGUCUACUUACAGAACUUCUAAAGAAGUCUGCUCCGAGUAGGAUAAUUUUCGUAGCCUCCCUAGCGUCGAUCAUAGCCAAUCUGACGACAGACAACUUAAAUCCCAACAGCGAUUACAUCAGGAAAGGUAAAAUCAACAAUGAGAUUUAUGCCAACUCCAAACUGGGAGACAUACUGAUCAGCAUGGGCUUCGCGAAAAGACUGAAGGGCACGGGCGUGACCUCCAACGUUUUCUGUCCCGGCGGUGUCAAUUCACAAAUCUACAACUCAGCAAAGGACGAUCAAGGAUUCAGGAUAUCCGUAUAUGCUUUAGCACUUCUCUCGUGGUUCUAUGGAAAGUCACCGCAAGCAGGUGCACAGACGGCAAUUCACCUGGCAUGUUCAAAUGAAUUGGAGAAUGUGACUGGAAAGUUUUUCAAGGAGUGUUUUCCCAUACCUGUUUUGCAUCCGAAAGUCUACAACCAAAAGUAUUGCGACGAAAUUUGGACCGAGACAGAACGACUGGUUAAACUUAAAGAAAGCGAAAAAAUUUCUGUGUAAGUCAAUACUCUAGUCAAUAAAUUAAAUAAUUAAAUAA